AUCAAAGCUCUACCCAGUUGCAAUAUCACCAUGCGUGGAAUACUCCAAGCUGCCAGAACCGCGAAUAUCUCGCGGGCUCCCAAGUACAACCUCCUCGUUUGCUUUGAUGCAUUCGAGACCCUCUAUGCCCCCAAAGAACCGGUUCACAAGACGUACGGUCAGUUUGCGCGCGAUAACGGUCUCCAUCACGCUAGUGACGAUGUUGUGGCUGUUUAUCUUCACGACCGCAUCACCACGGCCGCCAAAGAAUACCCCAACUACGGCAAGCAUGUUAAGGGCAUGGACCCCGAAGCUUGGUGGAUGAAGAAUAUCUUUGUCGACGUUGAGCCCAGUCUAAGUAACGCAGCUCACAAAAAGCAGCUGGAUGAUUUGGGCCAUAAACUCUUUCAGCAUUUUUCUACCCACGACGCCUACAAGACUGCGCCCAAUAUGCCCAAACUUCUCCAAUCUUUGAAGCAUCACAGAUCCAACGGCAAGUUGGACAACCCCUCCAUCGACCAUGUUGUUCUGGGCGUCAUCAGCAACUCAGAUGACCGCGUUGGGGGGAUUCUUUCCUCUCUGGGCCUCGACGUCAGCCCCCUACGUUUCCAGAGAGAGUCCAAGCAGGACACCCAUUUCGAAAGCGCUCGUCCUGUCGACGGCAAGUCGUACGACAUCGACUUUACCGUCAUGUCAUACGACGUUGAAGAGUCAAAGCCACACAAGGUCAUGUGGCAGGCAGGAGAGAUGCUGGCUCGCAGAGCGGUUACCCAUGAGCUCGGCAAGUUUGAUGAGAGCAUUCCUUGGUUGAAGCUCUAUGUUGGUGAUGAUAUCAAGAAGGACGUUGCAUCCGCCUGGGGUUGUGGAUGGAAUGCGGUCCUUUUGAAGGAAUUCAUCACCGAGUAUCCUCCUGAUGAGCGUUUGGAGAGUCUGGAGGAACUACUGACGAUGCCAGUUACCCAGCUCUUGACCGGGCAACCUCGAAUGUUUACGGUCAACAAGCUCGAGACUUUGGUCGAGUGGAUCGUGAAGAGAGGCUUGGAGGUUCCCGCUGGUUCUACGGGGGCCGACAGCUCUGAGGAGAGAUUCAAACUUGUUGAGGAGAUCGAGUGAAGUGACGCUGAAGAAGGCCUAUACCCAUAGCAUUGCAUUUUGUAGUAUUAGUUAGCCGGCAUUUUUCAGGAUGUAUUACCAGGGAUGUUUCAAUUAAUUAUUAGACACUCCUUUUGUACUAUUAAUGAAACAUACUUGCCUGUCGA